AUGCCAAAUCGUAGUCGUCCAUCCCAAGCAUGCGAACUUUGUCGCGUCAAAAGGCGCAAGUGCGACUUGAAGAAGCCAGCGUGCGGCCAAUGUCUGCGGGCCAAAGUACAAUGCGCAGGAUACAAGGACCAGCUCACACUGCGAAUGCGCGAUGAAACGCAUGCGACAGCGCAAAAGGUGCUGGCAGCCCAAGAGCGAACCUCCAAGUACAAGUCUAAGCCCUCAAUUCUCCAAGAGAAGAGCUUUGAACCGCUCAUUUACAACAGCCUGGGCAUAGACUCUGAGCAGGUCUGCCUAAAUCACUUCAUGUCAUAUUAUGCCGCCACUAGCCUCUUCGAGUACCUUCCCAGGCUCUACGAUUCUAUAGAGAUGCCAAAGGGCGAUCUCAAUUUCGCUCUCUCAGUGCCCGGCCUGGCCAUCCUCUCAGAAGAUAUGACCGUGCCAGCGCUGCUUGACCUGGCCUACGCGAGAUACGUAUCCCUUCUCGAGAUUGUACAAAGAGCUCUUCCUGUUCCAAAGCUGGCUGUGAAGGAUUCCACUCUGCUGUCGGUUCUUUUAUUGGCACUGUUUGAAUCCUUGGUGUUUCGUGGCCGACAAUCGCCCAUGAAUUGGACCGCUCACAUUGAAGGUGCGGCUCAACUCUUGCAAUUGCGAGGACGCAAGCAGUUUGAGCAGCCUGUUGGGCGGCAUCUUUUUCUUCACACUAGCCACAGCUUACGAACGAGCUGCAUCACUCACGGUAUCCCCGUUCCGUCCAUCAUCAGCAGCCUCCAAAGUCAGCAUGCCGGCGUACAACGGAUUGAUGAGCAUGGACCCCUCAUCGGCGCCUUUCUAGACCGUCUCGCCGCUUUUCACGCAUUUGCUUCCACAAUGCAAGCUUCACGGUUUCUGCAGGAAAGUCGGGCGCUCGUCGCGGGAAUGGACUCCAUGUUCGCCUUCCUGCAGCGCACAGCACCGCCGGAACCGAUGGUUGACUUGCAUUUGCCAGAGAUAGCCAACGUAUUUCAGCUAUAUGUUGGGGCCGACUUGCACAAAUCGCAGAGAUCCGCGUGGCGAUGGAACACCACCUUCAUGCUGCGAUUGCUACUAAGCGACUUCAUUGGCGAUGGGCUCAAUCGCAUAGAUGAAGAAGACGGGAGCCUUCGUGGAAACCUCAGCGAACACGAUCGCACAUGGCUCUACGAUGUCGCAGUCUUGCCCAUAAAGGAUUUGGUGAAGGGCGUCUUUCGCAGCGUGCCCUACAUGACUAAUUUGUCGGGCUGUCCACAACACUCAGCCAAGUCUCUCGUGCUUCCGUUAGCUUGCAUCGCCAGGUGUAAAUCGGCAUCCGAGGCUGCGAAGAUGGAUGCGCUAAACUGCUUGACCUACAUUGGCAUGAAAUACGGGCUGCAUAUGGCUACGGAAACCGCGAACAUGGCUAGAGAAGCAUGCGGUAUCGAAGAUUGGGCGGUCCUACCACAUUUCUGCUAG